AUGAAUCCGGACCACGUAUCCCCACCCGCCGGACCAAGCACCGGCGGCAGCAACCCCUCUUCCACUUCCAACUCUUCCGCCCCCGGCCCCGGACCUUCGUCCGCCUACCAUUCGGCAUCAGCAUCAGCAGCAGCCGCCGCAAAACGCUCCCGCGUCCUCCUCUCCUGUGGUCCCUGCCGCGCCUCUAAGCUGAAAUGCGACCGCUCCGAGCCGUGCGGCCAGUGUCUGAAGAAGUCCCGCCCGGAAGGCUGCGUCUACGCGCCGAAACCCGAGAAGCAGAAGCCCGCCAAGGGCAUGGCGGCGCGGCUCAAGAGGCUGGAGGGUAUGGUGAGGACGAUGAUGGAUGAGGGAGGAGGUGUCGCGGGAGCGGGACCAGGAGGACCGCAGACUACUGGUGCUGUUGUCGACGCCGUGCAGGAGGAGGAGAAGGGCAUCGCGCAGCCGGGGGGUCAGCUUGUUCAGGGGGGUAGGGCGAGUACGUAUGUUGGGGCUACGCAUUUCAUGGCUAUUCUCGAGGAUAUUGAGGAUAUGAAGAGCUACUUUGAGGAGCCGGAGACCGACUACGACGAGAGCCCUGAACCGUCAGACGAGAUCGAGGCCCCUGAUCUCAUGCUCUUCUCGAGGAACAUGCCUCGCAGCAGAGAGGACCUGUUGAAGCUGCUCCCUGAGCAAAAGAUUGUCGACAGACUCAUCAUGAGGUACUUUUCCUCCCGUAGUCCAUCACAGCGUAAGACACCACGGCUCGGCUCUCGCGAUCUUCACCCCAUGGCUUCGUAUUACGCCCGCUUCUGGACCGACCCGUCCAGCACCGACCUCCACUGGCUCGCCCUCCUCUUCAUGGUCAUGUCCCUCGGCGUCUUCUACUCGACCUUCAUGGCACCCCACGAGCUCUCGGUCGACUCCCCGCAGCCGCCCAUGGACCGCUUCAAGCUCUUCCGCGCCGCCGCCGCCUGCUGCCUCGUCUGGGGCAGGUACACCCACCCGACCAUCGCCACCAUCCCGCCCUUCAUCCUCUACGUCGAGGCCGAGUUCAUCAUCUCCCGCGCCGCCCAGAUGAACUGCUACGUCCUCUCCUCCGUCUGCCUCCGCCUCCUCCUCAAGAUGGGCCUCCACCGCGACCCGGACCGCCUCCUCGCCGCGGGAACCGUCAUCUCCCCCUACGAGGGCGAGAUGCGCCGCCGCAUGUGGAACAUGGCCGUCCAGCUCGACCUCCUCGUCUCCUUCCACAUGGGCCUCCCCAGCAUGCUCAACGGCAUCGACGCCGACUGCAGCCUCCCGCGCAACCUCAUCGACGAGGACUUUGACGAGGACACCCUCGUGCUCCCGCCGGCCCGACCCGCGACGGACUACACCGAGAUGACCUACCCCAUCAACAAGUCCGCCAUGAUGCUCGUCUUCGGCCAAGUCGCGCGGCAGUCCCACCUCCUCACCCCGCCGCCCUACGCCGAGGUAAUGCGCCUCGACGACCUCCUCAACGCCUCGUGGCGCGCCGUGCCGCAGUUCAUGAUGGUCAAGCCCCUACAGGAGUGCGUCACCACCCCGCCCAUGCAAAUCAUCCAGCGCUUCGGCCUCGCCUCGCUCUACAACAAGAGCCGCUGUGUCCUCCACCGCCGCUUCCUCCUCGACCCCGCGCCGCGCCGCGAGCACGACUACUCCCGCCGGCAGUGCCUCGAGGGCGCCGUCGUCCUCCUCGACUUCCAAAACACGAUAUGGCACGCCUGCCAGCCGGGCAACAUGCUCAGCCAGAACGGCUGGUUCGUCUCCUCGCUCGCCGUGCACGACUUCCUCCUGGCCGCCACCAUCCUAUACCUCGCCAUCGGACACGAACCGUUCUGGGGUGGCGUGGACGGCAAGACCGGCGCGGCGACGACGACGACGGCCUCGCCCGGGUGGAUGGCGGAGAUGAAUCCCCCGCCGACGAGGGCGUACCUCCUGCACCUCCUGCAGAGGUCGUAUUCCGUCUGGAUCGCCAUCGCCGGCGGCGUGCCCGAGGUGAGGAAGACGGCGGGUAUCCUGGAAACGAUGCUGAACAAGCUGGGGUCGCCGCCGAACUCUCCGCCAGAGAACGGGGGCGCAAAGGUGUCGUCGGCAUCGGGGCUUCGCCAGAGUGACGGGCCGGAAUCGGCUGCUCGAUCCGCCCAAGACGACCAACAGCUCCUCGACGGUCUUUCAAUCAGUGACUCGACAUCGUUCCCUACGACUACGACGAAUCGCUUCCAGCCCUUUGAGUUUGUCACGUCGGGCCUCGGGCCAAGUGAACCUGGGCUCGAUCGAGGAUGGGCGGCGGUUGGCAAUGAAGAGAUGGACUGGCGGUACUUUGACAACAUUAUGGCUCAGCCUCACAAUGACCCAGUCGGUCUCGAGUCACUGGACGCGUCCCAGCCGUGGUUUGAACGGACACUGGGACCGGACGAUUUUGAUUUCUCUACGUCUGGUGCAUGGGAUCCAAGCUUGGGAUAA